AUGUCUAGACCCAACUUCAGUGAAAUGAUAGCAUCAAUUAAUGCCGAAGAAAAAAGACUCACAGAUGAAAACACGCAGCUCAAGAAAAUCCUUCAAAUUCAGGACACUUUAAUUGAGAAACAACGCAAAUUAUUGCAAGAAGUAUCUCAAACAAGCAAUGAAUUACUUGAAGUCGAAAAUAAGCGUAAGGAAAUAAAGGAAAAGCUUUCAUCUCAGAAAACAGAGCUUCUUGUUACUUCAUCAUCUGCCCAACAAGUCAGCACAAUUAUUCAGAAUACUUUGGCAAGCGGACAAGGUUCUCCAGAAAUUUCUGAGACACAGUCAGGAAAAUUCGCCCUUAAACUCAUUGAAGCCAUCAGUAGAAGUAUUUAUCAAAUUACAGAGGACUGCAUUAAGUCAGAGACAUUAUCUGUUAGUGCAGACAGGAUCCAUGCUGCCAUCAAUGAUGCUGAUACUGUUAUCCAGAAAAUCAUCGAUGCAGGACUUGCAACUGAAUCUCAGGAAGAUACAAUCCGUCGUAACUCAUACACAAUCUAUUCUCUUGUUCAGCCUCAAGAAUAA